AUGCAGAAGUACACACCAAACUCUCGUCUCAACGACAUUGCUCCGAUUCCUACACGUUUCGAUCGUAGGAAAAUGUUGCCGGAUACUGGAACAGCACUGGAAUUCUCGUGGGCCCGAAUUCCGACCUUCCCAAUAUAUAAGAAGCCUAUGGGAAAACGAAUCAUCGCAGUCUACAUUCUCAGUGCUACAGUAGGCUUCGCUACUGCCUGGUUCGGAGCCGCCACGUUUGACCAUAUCAAUCUUAAAAUUGAUAGCUACAGGGAUCGUCUAGAUAUUCUACCGUAUAAAUAG